AUGGCCGACUGCGGCAGGGAACUACUAUACGUAGAUGUAUUAAUCUCAGUCCACCAAGCACAAGCCGCCGAAAGCCUAGGGGAACCACUCAAGGCAAUUGAGUUGAAUGAGCAGGCUUACAAGAUGCGGUUCGACGAAAGCCCACAACAAAUAAUCGCUCUGUGCUGGACAGCGAACAAUCUUGCCUACGCAAAUACCAUGGCCAAAUUGUAUGAAAAGGCGCAGGACUGGUUCGAGUUACCCGAGGAAUGGUGGCACUUGGCUUUCGAGAAUGGCGAGGACCCCGGUGAUCGUCUAGCUCGCCAUAUUGUGGAUCAUGCACGAUACUUUAUGUGCCUUCGGGAAUAUCCCAAAGCAGAAGAGAUGCUUAAUGACUGCAUUUCUCGACUCAAGACCGAGAACCCACUGGAUUGGGCAAUGCUAGCCCAGUAA